GGAUUUUGUGAAAGACAGGAGGAUGAGGCUUGUAGCUAACAGCUUUGCCGAAGGCAUAAGUAGCGAUGCGGGACUGCGGUCUGUGUUAGGGAAAGCGGAGUUUUUGGCCAAUGUCAAUUUUUCUGGAAUAAAUGGUGGAGUGUGAACUUUCCCCCGGCCUAUCCAAUCCUCAUACGGCACUACGCGGACAAAAACUAUGAGAAAACUAGCAGUACAGAGAGCUGUAUAGGGGAAGAAGAUGCAGGCACCCUAGCAUCUGCCUUCCUUUGCCAAGUCUGCAGCUCACUGACAGCAGUGAUCCAAGCUAAAGCAUUGUGUCUUUAGCAACUGACCUGUUCCGUUAAUGAACUGCAGGAAAACAAAAAUGCUUGAGGAGGAACGAAGAGUGAAAGCCAAUGAUCGAGAUUACAAUGAAAAGUUUAAUUAUGCAAAUAAUGCGAUCAAGACAUCCAAAUACAAUAUUGUCACGUUCCUGCCUAUAAAUUUAUUUGAACAAUUCCAGCGAGUUGCCAAUGCAUACUUUCUUUUCCUGCUGAUCUUACAGCUGAUCCCUGAAAUAUCUUCCCUGUCAUGGUUUACUACCAUUGUGCCUUUAGUGCUUGUUUUAACUAUCACUGCUGUGAAAGAUGCCACAGAUGACUUUUUUCGACAUAAAACUGACAACCAAGUAAACAACCGGCAGUCACAGGUGCUGCUCAGUGGCAAAUUGCAGAAUGAGAAGUGGAUGAAUGUAAGAGCAGGCGACAUCAUAAAGCUGGAGAACAAUCAGUUUGUGGUUGCCGAUAUGCUGCUCCUUUCUAGUAGUGAGCCACAUGGUUUGUGCUAUGUUGAAACAGCUGAGCUUGAUGGAGAGACUAAUUUGAAGGUUCGCCAGGCUUUGCCAGUAACUGCAGACCUUGGAGAAAGUAUUACCAGACUUGCAGACUUUGAUGGAGAGGUUGCGUGUGAGCCUCCGAACAACAAACUGGAUAAAUUUACUGGAACUCUGAUCUGGAAAGACAACAAAUAUUCUCUUACUAAUAGCAAGAUUCUCUUGAGGGGAUGUGUAGUGAGAAACACAGAGUGGUGCUUUGGAAUGGUGAUCUUUGCAGGCCCUGAUACUAAAUUAAUGCAGAACAGUGGAAAAACUAAAUUUAAAAGAACAAGCAUUGAUCGGCUAAUGAAUACACUAGUAUUAUGGAUCUUUGGUUUUCUUAUUUGUAUGGGCAUUAUCCUCGCGAUUGGAAAUUCUAUAUGGGAACACCAAGUUGGCAGUCGCUUCCGAAUAUAUCUGUAUUGGAAUGAAGUGGUUAACAGCUCAGUGUUUUCCGGGUUUCUAACUUUCUGGUCAUACAUCAUCAUACUCAAUACUGUUGUACCUAUUUCUCUGUAUGUAAGUGUGGAAGUCAUUCGACUGGGACACAGCUACUUUAUUAACUGGGACCGCAAAAUGUUUUAUUCCAAAAGAGGCACUCCCGCUGAGACACGGACCACUACACUUAAUGAAGAAUUAGGACAAAUAGAAUACAUAUUCUCGGACAAAACAGGAACACUCACACAGAACAUAAUGACUUUUAACAAAUGCUCAGUCAGUGGUAAAGUAUAUGGAGAACUCCGGGAUGAGCUGGGACGUAAAGUGGGAAUCACAGAGAAAACCGCCCCUGUGGACUUCUCUUUCAAUCCUUUAGCUGAUAGAAAGUUCCAAUUUUAUGAUCACAGUCUGACUGAAGCUAUAAAACUGGAAGAACCCUAUGUACAAGAGGUCUUCAGAUUGCUCUCUCUGUGCCACACAGUAAUGUCUGAGGAGAAAACUGCAGGAGAGCUGGUUUAUCAAGUUCAGUCUCCAGAUGAAGGUGCACUUGUGACAGCUGCUAGAAACUUUGGCUUUAUCUUUAAAUCACGCACGCCAGAAACCAUCACAGUGGAGGAGAUGGGAAAAGUCGUAACCUAUCAGCUGCUAGCAAUAUUAGACUUCAACAACAUAAGGAAAAGAAUGUCUGUUAUAGUACGGAAUCCAGAGGGACAAGUUAAACUUUACUGCAAAGGUGCAGAUACAAUCCUGUUUGAAAAACUUCAUGAAAGUAGUGAGGACUUGAUGUAUAUAACUUCAGACCAUCUAAAUGAAUUUGCUGGAGAGGGUCUUCGGACACUGGCUCUGGCAUAUAAAGAUCUCAGCGAGGAUUACUUGAAAUGGUGGCUGAAGAUCCACCAUGAGGCAAGUACUGCUCUCGAAAACAGAGAGGAGCGCCUUGCAGCUGCUUAUGAAGAAAUUGAAAGUAAUAUGAUGCUACUAGGUGCUACUGCUAUAGAAGACAAAUUGCAAGAGGGCGUUAUUGAGACCAUAUCAAGUCUCCUGCUGGCAAAUAUUAAGGUGUGGAUUUUAACUGGAGACAAGCAAGAAACUGCCAUGAAUAUUGGCUACUCCUGUCACAUGCUCACAGAUGACAUGAAUGAGAUUUUCGUUAUAUCUGGUCACACAGUGAUGGAAGUUCGGGAGGAACUAAGGAAGGCCAAGGAGUGUACCUUUGGACAAAGCAGAAAUCUUUAUAAUGGCCAUCAGUUUUCAGAAAAGAUGCAAGAUACCAAACUCGAUACAGUGUAUGAGGAAACUGUUACUGGGGAAUACGCCAUGGUUAUAAAUGGACAUAGUCUGGCUCAUGCUCUUGAAGCAGACAUGGAAAAGGAAUUCCUGGAAAUUGCAUGCAUGUGUAAGACAGUAAUUUGUUGCAGAGUGACUCCUCUUCAGAAAGCUCAAGUAGUGGAGCUGGUGAAAAAGUACAAAAAAGCUGUGACUUUAGCUAUCGGGGAUGGUGCCAAUGACAUCAGUAUGAUUAAAAGUGCUCACAUAGGAGUUGGCAUCAGCGGGCAAGAGGGCAUGCAAGCAGUUCUAGCAAGUGAUUACUCGUUUGCCCAGUUUAGGUAUUUGCAAAGACUACUCCUAGUCCAUGGCCGAUGGUCCUAUUUCCGAAUGUGCAAAUUUUUGUGCUAUUUUUUUUAUAAAAACUUUGCCUUCACACUAGUGCACUUCUGGUUUGGAUUCUUCUGUGGAUUCUCUGCACAGACUGUCUAUGACCAAUGGUUUAUAACACUUUUCAAUAUAGUUUAUACUUCACUACCUGUGCUGGCUAUGGGGCUAUUUGACCAGGAUGUAAAUGACCAAAACUGUAUGGACUACACAAAGCUUUAUGAGCCAGGCCAGCUCAAUCUCCUGUUCAACAAGCGGAGAUUUUUUAUUUGUAUUGCACAUGGGAUUUACACCUCUUUUGCUCUGUUCUUUAUUCCCUUCGGUGCAUUUUUUAACACAGCUGGUGAAGAUGGAAAACAUAUUGCUGACUAUCAGUCUUUUGCUGUUACUGUUGCUACUAGUCUGGUUAUAGUUGUCAGCGUCCAGAUUGGCUUGGACACCAGUUACUGGACGGCAAUUAAUCAUUUUUUCAUUUGGGGGAGCCUGGCUGUGUAUUUUUCAAUUUUAUUUGCCAUGCACGGAGAUGGUAUUUUUGAUAUAUUCCCCAGCCAUUUCCCUUUUGUAGGAAACGCCAGAAAUUCAUUAAGUCAAAAAAGUGUUUGGCUUGUCAUUUUCUUGACCACUGUGAUUUGUGUCAUGCCGGUCCUUACAUUCCGGUUUCUGAAGGCUGAUUUAAGUCCAACAUUAAGCGAUAAGGUUCGGUAUUUGCAGCAAGCAAAGAAGAGGCGCAAACCUCUUGAGAAUCGUAUGCGCAGGGUACACAGAACAAGCUCCAGAAGGUCCGGUUAUGCCUUUUCCCAUCAAGAAGGCUAUGGAGAACUGAUUACCUCUGGUAAAAAUAUGCGUGUAAAUAACCCACAUGCUUCCUCAGGACUGGCAAAAACAACAAGCUGGAUAGAGAAUUUACGGAAAAAGACAGCAGAAAAUUUUAACAGUUUCAGCAGUGACAAAACUUCCAAGUUAUGAUGUAUGAAGACAUUUGUUACAAAACGUUUUCUUUUGAGCUACGGCCAUAUUUUUGCACUUUUUUUUUUUUUACAUUUAAUGGGGAUGGUGAUGGAUGCCUUACGAAACUGAGGAAUAUGGAGUACUUGAUUUUUAUGGCGUGUCCAGGAAUGACAUAAACUGCUAAAGUAACCAGUUAGAUCAUCGGAAUUUACCCAGCGUCCUCAAAAAAAAAAUAUCCACAAAUUUAUCAUCAAUAGUGAAUCACAAUAAAGAAUUCCAUAUUGUGAAAGAGACAUGCAGGUGUUCUACAACAAUAACACAUCACUGUAGACCUUAUAUUUCUCUGUCUACGACCUACAACUGUUUAACAGUUUUUUGAAUGUCAGCAGUGAACAAUCUAGCAGACUUUUCUCUUUUGAAUGUUUACUUUUGCUUCCUCGAGUUAGGGUCUCAACCAAGAUUGUGCACAAUUUUCUACUGUAAAUAUUGUACUGUUAUAUUCCAGAUCUUUUUACUAUUGCGUAUGUAAGUCUAGCCCCGUCAUAUUUCCAUUUUAUGGAUUUCUUAUAUCAAACUGCAGUCCUUCUGCUGCUAUUUACGUUGCUGUAUUGACCUUGCUUUAAUGGGGAAAUGUCCUACAAUUUUCUGCAUUUUGGCAGGAUACUGUCAAUCACUUUGUUAAGGGCCAUUCAUUAAAAAAGCAAUGUUAAGUGCACUUUCAUUAGACAACCUUAACUAUUCCUCCUUAUGAAUGAAUAGUUUAUAGAUUGGCAUGGGCUCUUGCAGUUUUUUAUAUACAAAGAAACUUUGCAAGCAUUGUAAUGCAUUAUGGGAUCCAAACUCGUUCAGGGUUGAUACUUAAUACAUUCCUAAUUACACAGUAUGAAUGUCAUUGUUCCGUGUCAGCCUUUUGCACACACUGAAUGUAAAUCUAGGUAUUAUAAAAACAUCAAGUGACAAUUAAUGGCUCUAAUUGAGCUUGGCUUGCCCAUUCUAAAGAAAUAUAUAUAGAGAGAGAGUGUAGCUUGUGGGGCAUGAUCAUUUCAGAAAAAAAAAAAAAAAAAAAGCACCUCAGCACUUACCUAGUGUUGCCAUCAGUAAUAUAUAACCAGAUUCUAAUAUUUCACUCUCUUUUAUAUGUGAUUGUAAUCAGGGUGUGUUUUCAUUCAUCAAUUACCCAUUCUUACUUACCAAGACCACCAGGUACUCAGGGUUGCCCAUUUAUUGUAUUUAUUUUAGUUCUGCUUUUGUGUGACUUCCUGAAUACAUACUGAAAUGACUACUGUCAUACCAUAAACACUUUAAUGUUUUAUUUGUUGCAAAUUGAAUUGUAAAAAAUUGUAAAAAAGCAAUUCAGUGACUACCCCUAGAGUAACACAAUGGUAUAAAAAUUCCAAAAAUAUUAGGACCAAAUCCCCAUUAGAAUCUGAAAACAGAUACAUUUCAGCAAAUACACUUGUCGCCCUGCCCCAUGUAUGCAUGUGUAUACUGGCCAGUUUGGAAAAGUGCCUCAGUAAGUUAAUGGCAGCUUACUUUAUUUCCUCACGUAUUAAAGUGUUUCCUUUCAGUUUUACAACUGGUAUCUGCAAAUUUUAUACAAACUUCUUAAGCUUUGAAAAUGUUUCAGCAUUUUUCAGUGUAAUUUUGUUGAGCUAUGCAUAAUGCACAUAUGGUCACUUACUAUAUAAAAACAUUAUCUGUGCUCUAAUAUGUCCAACUGAAAAUAUAUUUCAGAAAAAAACAUUUGGAACCAACACUGUGAAAUGCAAACAUGGUAUUUUUUGUACAAAGUGAAUAUUUCACAGUAUAUAUUCAGUUGGAUCUAUUAAUCCACCUUAUUUUUUUUUAUAUUAAAGGAACAGUUCAGUGUAAAAAUGGAUAGCCUGCACAAAAUAACAAAUAGUUAGGCAAAAUUUUAAUCUAUAAUCUGGAGUGAGCAGGUUUCUAAGAUAAUGGGCAGAACUUCUCUACUGCUUUCAGCUCUCUAACCUCUUAGUUAGUCAGUGACUUUAGGGGGGGCUAUAUGUGACUUAACUGUUCAGUUAGUUUGUGAGCGCGGAGGUUAAGUUAUGUCCCAUAUGCCCCCCUCAACUCACUGACUGCUAACGGCUUAGAGAGCUGUAAAGGAGGAAGAAGUGUUAUGGCUAUUAUGUUAGACAUCUGCCCAUUCCAGCCUUUAUAGAUUACAUUUUUGCCUAACUAUAUUGAAAACAUUUUUUAUUUUGUGCAGUCUAUCUAUAUUACCCAGUUUUAUUUUUAGACUGAACUGUUCCUUUAAGUAGAGCAAGGCUAUUUGGUGCUCAUCUGCCUUAUUUUUCUUUGUAUUUUUUGGUAUGUAUUUUAAGGGUUAAAUCUUGCUUACAAUAUGUUUUUAGUGCCUUAUGUUUCCUUAUUCAUUUGCUUGUGUACAUGGUUUCUGUUAUUUUUCUUUUUUUGCCAUUUCAUUUUUGACUAAAUUUGUUGCCUAGAAGUUGGUAUAGAAAACUGAACCAGGGCCACCAGCCUGUGGCUUUUAGGCUGUUGCAUCUCACAACAACUCUGCUGUAGCGCUCCUUGCUUUAGUGUCAAUCCCCCUACAUUGAUCAGUGAAGGGGGAUUAUAGUUUACAGUUUAAUAUUGAUUUUAUAUUACAGCCCAACUUCUAGAAGACUGGAACCAAGCUGAUUAUUGAACCACCUUUUUUUGUUAAUGGAACCAGUUCUAGACAGUUUCUGACAUUUGGCAUAACAAUAUAUAUUUUAAUGAUUUGGCAUAAUACGCACAUGCCCAGUUUCUGACUCAUAUGUUUGGUCUAACAAGUGGAGGUGUUGUGCUUUACUAGAAAGAGUGUAUAUAGCACUCAAGCAGCAUUGGUUUCCAUAGAUAUGUGUAUAGUUGGAGCGAUUUUGCUUUUGCUUCACUAAUCCAGCGAAGACAAUGUUCACAGCAUGAAUAUGUGCCCAUAGAUUUACAAACUAGAUCACUGCAGUAAAUGUUGAAACCAGAUUUUCUUUGUCUGUACCAUAACUUUUGACAUCUCAGAAUAAUACAUCCCCCGACUUUCCUUUAUCAAUUGCUGAUUGUCAACUCAUGCUAUGCACAAAUGAUUGGAUCUGCAGUUUAGUCUAUGUUGUAUAUAGAAACACCUGAAUGGUGUAAUAAAAAUACUGAAUGUAUAUAUUCUUUUUGGUCCAAUAAUUUCAUACCAACUUUGCUGUGAAACAGCUUUGAUAACUGUCCAAAAAAAAGCUUUAUCAUUUGCUAAUUUUCUACUGUUUCAAGUUUUGUUCGCUUAUUGUCUAUAUUUGCAUUUGAUGUUCCGAAAACAAGCUUUGGUUUAAGGUUAACUAUUUUAUAUAUAUAUACAAAAGGUAAACAAUAUUUCCAUUUAUGAGGUAUACAUAUAUAUUUAAAUAUAUAUAUUUAGAAAUAUCAAUCUUUAUUAUUUUAGUAAGAGACAUAGGUACUUGUAUAAAUUAGAUUCGAUUUCUAUACAAUGUCUGGCUUUUGUUUUGUGCUAUAAAGGACAAAAACUUUGUGUGCAUGAUGGAAUACCAAAGAGUUUGCGCUCUUUUGUAACAUAUUUAACGUUUACAUAUGUACAUACUGUUUAAUAAUUUAUUUGACAUUUAUAUACAAAAUAUUUUCUACAAAUAUACGGUUUCUAAGUAA